AUGGCCAAUGAGCAGGGGAAGUCCUCCCAUGGAGGGGGUGCUGGAGCUGCCGGUGAGGAGGAGAUCAGCCCCGAGGAUGACCAGAGAGCCAACCGCACGUUGUUCCUGGGCAACCUGGACAUCACCGUGAGCGAGUCAGAUUUACGGCGAGCUUUUGACCGUUUUGGGGUCAUCACCGAGGUGGACAUCAAAAGGCCGGGGCGCGGGCAGACCAGCACGUAUGGUUUUCUCAAAUUUGAAAAUCUGGACAUGGCGCACCGGGCCAAGCUGGCCAUGUCGGGAAAGGUGCUUCUGCGCAACCCCAUCAAGAUUGGGUAUGGUAAAGCCACUCCAACUACCAGGCUCUGGGUGGGUGGCCUUGGGCCCUGGGUGCCCCUCGCCGCCCUGGCCAGGGAGUUUGAUCGGUUUGGCACCAUUCGCACUAUCGAUUACCGCAAAGGCGAUUCCUGGGCCUAUAUCCAGUAUGAGAGCUUGGAUGCGGCGCAGGCAGCGUGCACCCACAUGCGUGGGUUUCCCUUGGGUGGGCCAGAUCGCCGGCUCCGCGUAGACUUUGCUGACACUGAGCAUCGGUACCAGCAGCCCUACCUGCAGCCUCUGCCCUUGCCACCCCCUGCUCAUUACGAGCUUGUGGCGGAGGCGGCUGCUUUUGGGGCUCACCGGGGAGCCCCGCCUGAUCCUCUUCGGGGGGCCCGGGACAGGACGCCACCGUUACUCUAUAGAGACCGCGACAGAGACCUUUAUCCUGAGACAGAGUGGGUGCCACCCCCACCCCCUGUACGGGAUAGGAGUAAUCGGGCAGCUGCCUAUGACCCACUGGAAAGCCUGGAGCGCCGCCGGGAUGGUUGGUCCUUGGAGCGGGACCGAGGGGAGAGGGAAUUGGGCAGUAGUAGUAGGGAUCAGCCUAGGAAACGGAGACUGGCGGAGGAUGGAGGCCGGCACUUGGACCGCUCUCCAGACAGUGAGCGCUCUUCUUCUUCCCGGAAGCGUCACUGUUUAGCCACAACCUCUCCACCGGACCGCAGCCCCGAGCUCCUUGGAGGGAGGGAGCGUUACAGUAGUGACCCUGAGCGCACGUCCUCCCGCUUGCUCCUCUUGGAGCGGCCCUCGCCUGUCCGGGAAUCGCGCAGGGGCAGCCUGGAGCGGGGUCAGAACGAAAAGCGUGACCGCAAGAAUUCCGCCGAACGGGAGCGGAAGCAUCGUGCUUCUGCGGCGGCCGCCGCGCAGGAGUGCAAAAGUCCAGCCAAAAAGGAUGAGCGCGCUACGGAAGGAGGCGGCGGAGGCUACCGCCUCAAACCUCCUCCUCAGAAACAGCAGCAGGAUGGAGCGUCGCAGGCCGGGGGAGCCCCCAAGCUGUGCUUGGCUUGGCAGGGGAUGCUUCUGCUGAAGAACAGCAACUUCCCGUCCAAUAUGCAUCUGCUUCAGGGGGACCUCGGUGUUGCCAGCAGUCUCCUGGUGGAGGGAGCGACGGGUGGGAAAGUAGCUCAGCUCAAGAUCACCCAACGUCUUCGUCUGGACCAGCCCAAGCUGGAUGAGGUCAAUCGUCGCAUCAAAGUGGCGGGUCCCAACGGCUACGCCAUCCUUUUGGCUGUGCCUGGCGCAUCAGACAACCGCUCCGCAGCCGGAGCUGCCGAGGCCGCCACCACCUCCACCCAGAGGCCACUCAGGAAUCUGGUGUCCUAUCUAAAGCAAAAGCAGGCUGCUGGGGUGAUCAGCCUCCCUGUGGGGGGUAACAAAGACAAGGAGAACAGCGGGGUCCUGCACGCCUUUCCGCCCUGCGAUUUCUCUCAGCAAUUCCUGGACUCCACGGCCAAGGCGCUGGCCAAAUCAGAGGACGACUAUCUGGUCAUGAUCAUUGUCCGUGGGGCGUCCUAAGGCCCUCGUGUUCUCUGUACCCAACCCUGCCUACUCCUCCACACAGCCCCUCCAGCGUGUGCCAGGUGCUAUGGGAUACAGCCUUAGCCAGCCCUGUCAUUAUUUUAAAUUAGAUCUUCGUUUGUAGGUGACUUUCCCUGCCCGCUUUUCUGUUACUACAUUUUUCUAUAAAGUUAGAAGCCAGAAAGGUUGGUUAGCCGUUAGCGUGAAUAGGAUAUUUUGAGAAUCCCCUCUCAGUGGGGAUAGCAGGGAGGCUAGGCCUGCUUUGAUUUACAAAAAAA